AAGGACCGCAGAGUGCGUCUGCCAUAGUUGUUUCUUAUAUAGCUUGCUGCAACGCUUGAUCAGUCGGCCUGUGAGAAGGAAGAGGAGAAAAACGACAGGUCCUUUGCAGCAAGAAAGAGGGGGCUCUGCUUUAUAAAGAUGCAGAGCUAGAGGUAUCUUGGAUUACAAAAGUGAAGGAGGGCAAAGAAGUAAAAGAAGAAGUGGAAUAAGUAAAGGGAAGAAGUGAAGUUGACAUUCGUCUUUAUCGCCGAAAGAGGAAGAGAGAGCAGACGACGGCCCGUGACCCUUGGUUGAGCCGAGGCUUAUCCCUAAAGAGGAAAGGCGUCGGUAAAAGUAUAAAGCAUUUCUCCGCCUCUGAUUAGAUAAGAUCUUUUGUGGCUGAUGAAUUAAGCACGUGAUUCAGCCUCUCUUUACUGUGGCUUGACUUCUUUUUGAUGCCAGUCAACCACUUUGAGUGUUCAACUUCGACCUUGGACACAGAGACCACAUCUCACAGUCCAUCAUCCUCCCCGCCCCUUCAGUUGAUCUGAUCUGCUGUGGCGCCAAUUGGUCAGGCGAUACCAGGAGUGGCCGCUGCGGAUAGACAAGAUGGCGCAAGUGAUAACCAACUCGGGUCAUGAUGACAUGAUUGUACGCUCAUUUUCUACCUCUUACGUCUGAUUAAAUACAGAAUACUAAAUUGACCGUGGAUAGCAUGACGCCGGACUCGACUACUUUGGGCGGAAGCUCGCAACAUGCUCCUCAGACAAGACAGUCAAGAUCUUUGAAAUCGAGGGAGAAUCACACAAGCUUCUCGAGACACUUAAGGGGUUAGUUGAAAUUUCCGUAUGCUACCUACUACCUACUAACGGUUUCCCAGUCAUGAAGGAGCAGUCUGGUGUGUUGCUUGGGUACGUCGUUCUAUCCAUCUGAUACACUGGGGGCGAUUGCUAAACAGCGUCCACAACAGGCACAUCCGAAAUACGGCACAAUACUAGCAUCUUCAUCCUACGAUGGGAAAGUCCUCAUAUGGCGUGAACAAAGUGUUGGCAGCGGCGCUAAUUCCUCAACCUCCUGGAGCCGGGUGUUCGACUUCUCCCUCCACACGGCUUCCGUAAAUAUGGUAUGCUGGGCACCCCAUGAGCUCGGUUGCCUUCUCGCCUGCGCCUCCUCCGAUGGACAGGUUAGCGUUCUUGAGUUCCGCGAUAAUAGUUGGACACAUCAGAUUUUCCAUGCCCAUGGGCUCGGAGUCAACUCCAUCAGCUGGGCUCCCGCCGCGGCUGCCGGCUCAAUCAUAAGCGCCAACGCUGCUGCUGGCCAAUCGAGAAGAUUCGUUACUUGUGGAAGUGACAAUCUUAUAUUCAUAUGGGAUUACAAGUAUGCGUGCACACUUGCUUUCGUGUUGACAUGUUUAAUCGGUAGUGCUAACUUGCUACCCCCAUCCAGCCCCGAGACCAAAACGUAUUCCGCUUCGCAAACCCUCCAAGGCCAUACCGACUGGGUCCGUGACGUAGCUUGGUCUCCCAGUAUCUUAUCUCGGUCCUACAUUGCCUCCGCAUCCCAAGACAAGACCGUACGAAUCUGGACUUCAGACCCAUCUAACUCUCAGGAAUGGACGAGUGAGAAACUGGAAUUCGAUACCGUUGUCUGGCGCGUCAGCUGGAGUCUAAGCGGCAACAUCCUUGCUGUCAGCGGCGGUGAUAACAAGGUCAGUUUGUGGAAGGAGGAUCUGAAGGGGAAGUGGGAGAAAGUCAAGGAUAUCGAGGAGUGAACACGGCCCGGCAUGUGAAAAA